AUGGCUCCGGUCUCAACGACCAUGCCAGACGACAGCGAAGAUCUCAUUACGGCCACGCACGACGAUGGCCAACCAGCCAAGCGCAAGCGUCUCCGCAUCCCAAAAUCGUGCCUUCCAUGCUUGAAAGGCAAGCGCGCUUGCGAUCGUGGUCGACCUGCAUGCGGGAGAUGUGCUCGCUCGGGCCAAACCAGCGACUGCAGCUACGACCCGCGCCUACCUCACCAGCCAACUUCUGGCACAGCGAGGCGAGCAUCAGCAUACGAAGACUCGGACGAUGACGACGACAGCCCCGGUCAGCCAUCAAAAGAGCUGGCUGCGUUACAAAGAGAGCUUGAACAGGCACGCAGCGAGACUCGCCGACUUCAGCACCUCCUCCGCACUCAGGCACAUGUAUCAACAUCAGCCUCCUUAUCGCGCAAACUCCCGCCACCCCAGCAACAGUCCUCCACCUCCUCGUGGCCUCAUGCUUCCACAUCAGCCGAUCGCUAUCGCUCACAAUCCAACUCGAGCGACAUGCAUGCUGCACGCGGUCUUCAGAUGCUAGCCGAGAUCGCAGGACCCCAACAUCAGGACGCCGACUCCAACGCUGUCAAGUCUCGCAUCCUUCAUUGGGAAGGCCCUGGAUCGCAUGCUUCCGCCGCCUCUUCCUCUACGGCUUCGCCAUCAGAUAAGCAUGCGACAUCAUCCUACAGCUCGCAUCCUGCAGACCCCUCCCGCAGCAGCACCUCGUCUCCAGCCGAACGAUUCGCCAAUUCCACGGCCUCCUCUUCCUUCUACAGCAAGCAGUCCCAGCUUCGGGAACACAACGCGGACGGCCUCAACUCGCCCAAGAAUAUCAACGGCACACAGAUGUACUACGGCGACAGCGAUAAGGUUCUUCGAAAAGUGGCUGUCAACACUGCAGGCUCCUCGCAUACCAAUGGCGGCAAUCUCAGUUCGAGCAUCAACGAGACCAUGGCGCGCCGCGACGUACAGACCGCGUUCAACAGUGUCCUCGAUCCGUCGCGCGACACUUUCCCCUUUGCCACUAUCUGGAGCUCCGGCACUGCAUUCAUCGACGAGAUUCUCCCCUUCUUCCCUCGACCCGAAGAUUUCGACAGCAUCUGCGCAUCCUUUGUUCGCCACUUUUCCGCCAUGUGCCCCGCCCUCACCAUGCCCAACGCCAUCGAUCACGCCAAAUCCUUCUCUAGGAUGACGCGCAAGCAGCAAUCGCAAGUGUCACUGCCGUGGCUCGCCGUCUUCCUCAUGAUCUGCGCCCUUGGCAAGAACUGCGAUCUCGAGAGCACCACCGUCGGUGUCGAUCGCAAGGUCAGGAUGCUCGAUGCCUUCCUGGCCAGCGAAGCAUCGCAGCAGCCCAGCCGACACGCCAGCAGAGCAUCAUCUCCGAUCCGGUCAGAGACACCUUCGGGUCCCACUGGUGCCGGUGAGGACGCACAACAUUCACUAUCGACCAACGCCAGAUCGCCAGCGAUGGUCUCGGACCUCUUCCUCUCGGCCACCUACCAGUCUCUCCGUCUCUGCUCUUUCCUCUCCUCGCCCACACUGCAGACGAUCCACUCGCAGCUCCUCAUCGGCGCUUACCUGCUCAACACCGAGCGCGCGGCGUCUUUCUGGCCGCUCCUCGGUUCCGUCGCCCGCCAAGCCCAAUCCAUCGGUCUUCACGUCGACCCGUCCAAGAUCCGGCGCGACUGGGAUCCCGUCGAGGCUGACACGCGGCGUCGUCUCUGGUGGGCCGUCGUCCACCAAGACGUCAUCCUCUCGAGCAUCUUUGGUCGACCUCUCGGCAUCACACGCUUCAGCUGUCGUUUCCCGGGCACCAGCGGUGGCGAGUCUCCCGGCUCCAUCACGUACGCCACGCUACAGUGCGAGUUCAGCCAAUUCGCGCGAAUCUGUCUUGACGAGAAUCAGGACCGCAGUUGGAGCCAGAGCAGGAUCAUCGAGUUCACCGAAAAGGUGCUGCAGUGGUACAUGAACAUCCCGGAUCGCUACCGACCGGAUUUGGGACCCAUUGAUCUGCUCGGGUCAGAGACGGAGGCGGAGGCGAUCAGGAACUACCACGCUGCUGGCGUGGAUAUCAAGACCAAGGGCCUGAUGGAGGUGCAUCAAUCGGGCAACCUCGCGAUCGAGGUGUUUUACAUGCUGCUCUCGCUGCACCGCUCCAACCUCUUCCCUAGCGCGGAUGAGACCGGCGCUGACGGCUCGACCAAGGCGAGCGAACUCAACCAAGUCUCGCUGCACAUUUGCGCCCAAGCGCUGCGCCGCAUUACGCGGGCACAGCAGAUCAUGAUCGACCUGCUGGGACGGUCGCGCGCGACCAUGUUUUGGAAGAUCGCCUACUACACGUAUCAGGCUGCUGUAGCGGGGGCGUACAUUGUGUUUGUGCACCCGCAGAGCAAGCACGCCGAGUCGGCGUUGGAGGAUCUCGCCAUCCUGACCGAUUUCUUUGAUCGGAUGCCGGAGAAGUGGACGGGGCUCAAGAUGGCCAAGCACGGACUGAGGGUGUUGCGCAAGCUCGCCGUCGCGGCACGAGAGACACCGGAAGCGGCCACUCUGGCCGUUCGGGGUCCGGGACAGCAACAACCCACCGAGAUCACAAGCUCACCCAUGGCCAACGGCUUCCCGUUCAGCAGCGGGCCGCAGUCCGACAACCUCUCCGUCCCCGCAGAUGGGGGGUUUAGCGACAUGCUUGGCGUUAGCACGCCCUCCUCACACCUCCCCGGCGUCACGGGGGACACUUCGCAACUCGCCUUCAACUCGCAAUCCGCCUUUCUGCCACCGAUCUUCAACUCGUCCUUCAUGUCGCCCUCUGCGGGUGGGCAGGGAAUGAUGAGCAGCACGCCGAUGAUCAACACGCCCGUCGCGGGUACGGGUGUGCCGGCGUACUCCGAGCCGACAAGUCUCUUUGCGGGAGCACUGGCCGCCUCUGCGGGCUCGCCACUAGCUAGGUCGCUGGCAAGCGUACCGCUCGUCACGCUGUUCAAUAACACGUACGAUCAGCAGGAGAAGACGCCCAGUGCGCCGCCGAGACAGUCGUUCUGCUACGACCCGUUUAUUCCGGAUCCGCAGCCGUUUGCGCAAGCGGGUGGGAGCGUCUCGCCGAACAACUCGGAUCGGCAUACCGGGUCGCUAGGGUCGCCCAACACCGCGUUUUCAGCUCAGCAGGUGCUCGAUGGCGCACAGGCGAAGGACAAGGCUAGAGCGCCUCAACCACAGGUGGAUGCGAAUGGCGCGAUGCCCCAGCAGCAAGCCGGGCAGGACUUGAGCCCGCAAAUGAUGAACCAGAAGGACCUCGCCAACUACUGGUCCGAGUACUUCAGUCUCCAACUCGACUGGGAUCGUCUCACUGGCCUUGCAUAG